UUCCAUACUAAUGUGUAUAUCACCAUUAGUUGAUAUGCGAUGCGAUAACACGGCCUCAAGUGCUAUUAAAUAAAGAUGACCUUAUUUCUUCACCGUAAAUAAACGUACAUUAUUCAAAAGUGAAUUACAAUGUGUAAUAUAUAUCUAUGAAGCAGCCGACAUUACGCAGUUACAUGUCGAUGAUGCUUUUGAAUAAUAAUAUCAGUAUGGAAAAUUAUUGCGUAGCGUAAUAAAAUAAACACGGAGGUUUUAGAAUAUAACAAUGGUGAAAGUUUGCGUCAUCGGUGCAGGGGUAAUAGGUUUAUCGUCUGCUUUACGCAUCAUUGAACUGCACCCGGAUGCGGAAGUGAUUGUAAUUGCGGAUAAGUUUUCACCUGUCACAACGACAGAUGUCUCUGGUGGAUUCUGGGAGCCCCAUCUCCUUGGUGAUACCCCCGAGGAAAAGAUAAGACAAUGGAGUGGACGAACAUUGGAGCAUAUGACGUUGCUUGCAAAUACGGACUGUGCGAAAUACACGGGUGCUAGUGUGGUAUCGGGAUAUCAAAUGAGUGCAGACCCUAAUACCAAAGCGCCAUUUUGGACAGACCUAGUGAGCAACUUCCGGGUUCUUACCCAGGAUGAGCUUAAGGACUACAAGGACAUGAAGUUUGGAUUUUUCUACACAACCGUUAUGCUGGAGCCACAAAUGUAUUUGCAAUGGCUGAUGAAAAGGUAUUCGGUUAAAAGCUUAUUCAUUCGUAUAUUAUUAUGGCUUGAAAGUUACAUUAGAUUCAUUUUGUUUGCACAGGCACGGGCUCCCUGGAUUAAAGAAUUUGGUAUUUUUGUUCUACAAGAUGGACUUGCAUAUAUCUUGCCCUCAUCCAGCUAUGUUGUGAUGGGCGGUGUGGAAUACAGAGGUGAUUGGAAUACAGAAGUGUCCUCUAAGGACAAGAAAUUGAUUUGGGAAAAUUGCACAAAAUAUGUUCCAAGUUUAACAGAAGCUGUCAUAGAUAGUGACUGUGUUGGUUUGAGGCCAUCCCGUCCGUCUGUACGAUUAGAAUUAGAAACAGUUAAUUUGAAAGGUAAAAUAAUGCCAAUUAUCCACAACUAUGGGCACGGAGGUGCAGGAGUCACACUUCACUGGGGCUGUGCGGAAGAAGUAGCGCAUCUUGUUACAGGCAUUAUUAAAAUGGAUUCAAGUACUUUAAAGGGCAAGACAAUAUUGUCAAAAAUGUAAUUUACAAUUUAAUUGAACAUUUAAACAUAUUUAAAGUAAAGUAUUCAAAUUGUUUGUCUUUUGAUUAUUAGUGACUAUGUAUGUGACAAAAAGAUAAAUAAUAUUAAAAUAAUUUGUGGAUAAUGA